CCUUCCGGGCACUCCGGCGCGCGCUGUGUUGCCUGCCUCUGCCCGCUCACGUGCGCACCGACCCCCUGCGCACCUGGCGUUGGCAUAACCUCCUCGUCUCCUUCACCCACUCCAUUGUAUCAGGGAUCUGGGCACUGCUGUGGUGAGUGAACAAGCGGGGUAGUGAGAUGGCCGUGGGAUCUUACGCGGGUUGCUCGGACUGGUCUCCCUGUUGCUCUUCCCAUCACUCACGGGUGAACAGACGCCAAGGAUCUCACCUGAUUCCCUGUUUGGAAAACUACCCAACCGAAAACGGCUGUGGGAAACCCGAGCAUAUGGCAAACCCCUGAAAUGCUGGUGGAGAUUGAGACGGCAUGGUCACUUUCUGGCUACUUGCUUGUGUGCUUCUCUGCAGGAUACUUCAUCCACGACACGGUGGACAUCGUGCUUAGUAAACAGACUAGAGCUUCUUGGGAAUACCUUGUUCAUCAUGUCAUGGCUAUGGGUGCCUUCUUCUCUGGUAUCUUUUGGAAAAGCUUUGUUGGUGGGGGCGUCUUAACACUCCUGGUGGAGGUCAGCAACAUCUUCCUCACACUGAGGAUGAUGAUGAAGAUAAACAACGCACAGCAUCUCCUCCUCUACCGCAUCAACAAGUAUGUCAACCUGGUCAUGUACUUUUUCUUCCGUCUGGCCCCCCAAGUCUACCUCACCAAGUUCUUCCUGCAGUAUGCUGGCGAGAGGACCCUGGGAACAUUUUUGUUGGUCAUCUUGCUCAUGCUGGACUUGAUGAUCCUUAUCUACUUUUCCCGCCUCCUUCGCUCGGAUUUCUGCCCUGAACGUGCUCCCAGCCGCCAACACAAAGACAAAUUCUUGACUGAGUGAGGAAGGAUAACCCAGGACAUGUGGCAGGGACAGCAACAAGCACAGCCAACAGCUUUGUAACAAACUAGGACUCUCUCUGCCUCAAGCCUGGGUGUAUUCUGGGCCAGCUUUUCUACCUUAAGCCUACACCCACACUAUUGAAAACACUAAUGAAAGCUCUUCUCUGAAGUCCUCUUCUUGGGCAAGGGGUGAGGGAAGCAGACCAACCGGUUGGACACGGUAGGAUGGGUGAGGAAGAGACACUGUCCAAAAGCCAGUCAACCCACACCACCCUGAAAUGGAUGCUGGCGACUCUAAAAUAACCCCUCUGCUCUUCCAAACUCUGGCAUUGGUUUCACAACAGGCUUUCCCAGGGAUAAAGGAAGGAACUCUUGUAAAGUUUGUGCUCUGAACCUCUGAUGGGGGCAUGCCCCAAGACAACUAACACUCAAGUAAUAAAUACCUCUGGUACCUAAGCAUAAAGGCUCUAAGAGUGGCA